UUACGUAAGGCAGCGCAACCUGGAAUGGAAGCUCUGACCCACUCGGCUUUCGGUUGAAUAUUCCCUGGAGCUGCUUGCUCUCUGGGGUGUUAUCUCCGAGCCCGCGAGCUCCCUUUCCAGCUCGAUCAUACCCGACUUUCCUUGACUCAUGCCUCUGCUUCCCGCAACGCCAUGGCCGUCCAGCAGUCCGCCAGUGGCCAAUUGACAAGAUGCGUCUUCCAUCGGGGCCGCCGCCCAUCAUCCGCAUCGCCAAUGGCACUUUCUACCGCCACCAGCCGAGCACUGUCUCGCACUCGCAUGCGCAUCCGAACCCGGCGCUCUUCAAAGGCUUGAACUUUGAGCUGCCCGGCCGGAGCACAACCCCACACAACUGGUGCAUCGUUGGUCCGUCGCUCUCCGGCAAGACCACACUGCUGCAGAUCCUCCGUGGCCAACUCCUGUGUUUUCCUCCCACCGCACGGUCGUUCCCGUACCUCAGCACCGACCACGUGCCCUACCGGCUGAGGACGCCAGCCCGGGCGAUCCAGUAUGUUGGCUUCGACUCGCAAGGCGGGGGUGGUCUCGGCCCGGCCACGGCCACCUACCUCUCGGCCCGCUACGAGUCGAGGAGGGAGAUCACCGACUUCUCGCUGAGGGACUUCCUCCUGGGCAACAUGCAGCUGAACUCGUCCAAGCUGCCCGAUGAUGAGGGUGUCGACCAGAAGCUCUUUGAGCGUGUCGUGGCCGAUCUGCGCCUCGGGAGCUUGCUGGACCUGCCCGUCACGUUCUUGUCCAACGGCCAAGGAAGGAGGGCGCGCAUCGCCCGCGCCCUGCUCACGAGCCCGGAGGUCCUGCUGCUCGACGAACCGUUCAUGGGCCUGGACCCACCCACUGUUGCCGGGCUGAGCCCGCUGCUGCAUUCCCUAGCCGAGAAGGCUAGUCCGCGGCUGGUGCUGACCGCCAGGCCCCAGGACCCGUUGCCGGAGUGGAUCACACACCUGGCGUACCUGCGAACGGACGCUCAGAUCGGGGCUAUGGGGGCGAAGGACACCGUCUUGGAGGGUCUAAGAAAGUAUGUGCGCGGCGUCCGGAAUGGCACACUCAGCGAGGACGAAACGCUGCCCGUACAUUCGCUGAGCGAGAUGGGCCGCACGCUUACCAAAGACGGCAUCUCUGGCGAAGGCAUGGCUGAGGAGUUCUCCGUUGGCGUUGCUACCGCAAGCAUAGGAGAGGAACCCAUGGUGAGCCGGACGCUGGGAGAGCCGCUCGUCGAGAUGAAUGGUUGCAUGGUCAAGUACAGCGACAGGGUGGCGCUGGGAAACUGGACCGAGCAGAGAGACGGGCAGACGGUCAGCGGACUGCACUGGACCGUCCGGCGGGGCGAGAGAUGGGGCGUGUUCGGCCCGAAUGGGUCCGGCAAGACGACCAUCGUCUCGCUCCUCUGCUCUGACCACCCGCAGACCUACUCGCUGCCGAUCAAGCUCUUUGGGCGAAGCAGGCUGCCAGAACCGGGUUCGGGCCAACGGCCGCUGACGUUCUGGGAUAUCCAGUCACGCAUCGGACACUCGAGCCCCGAGAUCCACCAACACAUGCCGCGCAACCUGACCAUCAGGCAGGUGCUCGAGAGCGCGUGGGCCGAUACGUUCCGCGCCAAGCCUAAGCUGGACGAGGCCGCCGCCGAACAGGUCGAGGCCACGCUGAGGUGGUUCGAGCCGGAGCUAAACCCGGCGUUCCACAAAGGGGCCCAGCCGGCUAUUUCCGAAGGCGCGGAAGAGGCUGCGGUGGCGUGGGCCGGUGACUACAUGUUUGGCGAGCUGUCGUUCAGCGCGCAGCGCGUCCUGCUGUUCCUGCGAGCCAUCAUCAAGCACCCCGACAUCGUGGUGCUGGACGAGUCGUUUGGCGGCAUGGACGACGCCGUGCGAGACAAGUGCAUGCUCUUCCUCGCGCACGGCGAGGAGAAGAGGUACGAGCUGAGCACGAAGCCGGGCAGCCGGGCCCUAACAGGAGCGGCCGUGGUGGAUAGCGCAGCGGCAAAGUCUGGGAAGGUCAGAGUGAAGGGUCUCACGGACCGGCAGGCGCUCAUCUGCAUCAGCCACGUCAAGGAGGAGGUGCCUGACUGCGUGCGGGAGUGGCUCUGCCUCCCGGAGGCCAGCACGGGGCUGCCGGCGCGGUUUGGGCGGCUGGACGGGCCGCUGAGGACGAGCUCGAAGCGCUGGACCGAGAUCUGGGGCACAAGCACGGUGGCGUAGUCUCGAGCAUGUGAACAUGGC